UAAAAACUUGCAAAACCUGGAGGAGAUCCGGCAUAAAUGGUAGAUUGCAUUAAUAUCAUUGACAAAGCUGCAAUAUUCAAAUUGACAAAUAACCGAGUUGAUUCUUCUUUCCAAAGUGCUUGCAGCAAUGGGUGUGAGACAUCAAAACUGCAGAUCCUCUUCUUCUGGUUGUUUCUCUAUCAGAUAUUCAACCAUUCUAACUCUAGCUAUCCUCUUCACUUCAUUUUAUCUCUUCAUUUCACCGGUUAGGCAUGUGCCUGAACCAUUCUCUUGGGCAGCGGAGCAAGCAAGAUUCAGUGGUGACCUUAGAGAUGCCAAAUUUCCGUGGAACAGUCUUUGUUUUGGACAAAAUUAUGAGAAGCUUAAGCUUGCAGUAUUCUCCAAGACAUGGCCAAUUGAUGCAGCCCCUGGUGGCAUGGAGCGUCAUGCUGCUACAUUAUACAAGGCUCUAGCUGCUAGGGAACAUGAAAUUCAUGUUUUCACCGUGCCUUCCGAUAGAAAGCCUCACCUCGACAUCCAUGAAGGUAAUCUUCAUGUAUAUUUUGCAGCCAAUGACCAUGGUUCAGUCAAUUGUUCUUUAGCGUUUGAGAUAUUUAACACAAUAAACGCCAAUGGAGCAUUUGAUUAUGUGCAUACUGAGAGCGUUUCCCUGCCUCAUUGGCGUGCGAAAAUGGUGCCUAAUGUGGCUGUAACUUGGCAUGGGAUUUGGUAUGAAAUUAUGCACUCAAAGUUAUUUGAAGAGCUUCUUCUGAAUUCACAAGAGGUCUCGCCAAGACCAGUUGGAGAGCUUCAGGAAGCAAUGCCACGACUAGUUGAUGAGAUCAGGUUCUUUCCAAGCUAUACACAACAUAUAUGUAUAAGCAAUAGCGCUGGUGAGUUACUAAUCAACAUCUAUCAGCUCCCUCAAAGAAAUGUCCAUGUGAUACUAAACGGGGUUGAUGAGACAAAAUUUGUUCAUGAUCCAGAAGCCGGUAUAAGGUUCAGGAAAAAGCAUGGUGUCCCUGAAAAUGUAAGCCUGGUGAUGGGAGUUGCCGGGCGUUUAGUUAGAGACAAAGGGCAUCCACUUCUCUAUGAAGCCUUCUCAACAAUAACCAAAACAUAUGCUGGUGUAUAUCUGCUUGUAGCCGGAUCAGGUCCAUGGGGAAAAAGAUAUUCAGAAUUAGGCCCACAUGUGAAGGUUUUAGGCGCAUUGAAUCCUAAAGAGCUAUCCGAAUUCUACAAUGCAAUCGAUGUGUUUAUCAACCCAACAUUGAGGCCUCAAGGUCUGGAUCUUACCUUGAUUGAAGCAAUGCAUUGUGGGAAACCAGUUUUGACCCCCAAUUAUCCUAGUAUAGUUGGGACAGUAGUUGUCAACAAAAGCUUUGGGUACACAUUUUCACCCAAUGUAGAGUCUUUUGUUGAAGCCUUGAAGUCAGUCGUAAGAGAUGGGCCUAAAGUGUUGCAGAGCAAAGGUAUGGCUUGCAGGGAAUAUGCACUGUCAAUGUUUACUGCUACUAUAAUGGCAUCUGCUUAUGAAAGGUUCUUUCUCUGCAUGAAGAACACUAGAUUCUGUCAGUACCCUCUUCCUACAGAUUGUUAGAAUUAUUUUUUUCC